AUGUUUAAAUCUCUUGUCAUACUCUUUGUCUCAGCCGACGGCCAAUACAAACACAUUUGUGAUGCACUCAAAGAUAAUAAAGGAAAGAUAGACUUCUCUAUAAGUGUCCCGAACGGCACGUUUCACCGCAAGUAUAUAAUCAUUGGACAAAACUAUUGGGAACUCGAAUACGGGAUCCCGUCUUCACCAAAGGUCAAGACCCGCCGGAGAAGAGACUUAACGGACGAUAUCUUAGGAGAUUUGGGUAUUAAAGGCGAUUCUGAGUCCUCAUCGGCCGCCCAAUCGGCCACAAGUGUCGCCCUUAAGAACCCAUUCGGAAGAAUAAGCAAAUGGCUGUCCGGCAGCUAUUCGGCGGGUUUUGCCGUCAAAUACGGAGCCUCUGGCGACUGGACUAAGACUACUGUGGCGUUGAUUGACGCGGACACGAGUGCCAUAGAGUGGACACUAUUCCCGCGAAACAACAAUGGGUUGACACCAAAGGGCAACUCAAAGAAGACCAAAUCGAAGAACGUUUUUGGAACCUUUAAGCCACACAUCGCUUACAAUACGUUUUCACAACAGGACAAGAAUAACGUGGUGUUUGUCGAGCAGUUGGCCGAACCCAAGAACUCCCGAAUACAAGUCUACGGCAUACCAGAGCCCGAGAAGCCGUGGGCUAAUCAGUCGAUUGAUGUGGCAGUUGUGUCGCCGGCCAUCAAAAAGGCGAUGACUGCUCUCACCAUUAAAGGCGUGUUUGGUGUCCAACGGGACGGCGAAGACGACAAGAAUGGGCUGAUUAUAUUGAGCGAGCGGUGCAUUCAGAUGCCUAUCCCGACGUAUCCGUGCAAAGGCAACCUCUCGUAUCACUAUUGUAUCACUUCUGAAGCAAAUAGUGAUCCCUUGGGUUCCGGCAAAAUGCAUUGCCAUCCGGCCAAACAGAAACUGCUCGUAAACUGUGCCAAAGAGUGGCCUAAAGAACCGCCGGAAGGUAUGAAACCAGAGCCCGAAGAGGAGUCAAGUGAACCAAAUGAAAGCGCGGGUAGAGAUGGAGAACAGCGCAGCGCCGAUGGCAACGGAGCCGACGGUAAAAACAGUAGCUCUGGCGGUGGAAACGGUCUUUUGGGCUCUUUGCCACUCAUUGGCAAAAAGGAUAAGGACAGCAGCUCUUGGCUCAUAAUUGUGAUAAUAGUGAUUGUGAUCGUUGCGGUAAUCAUCGCUGUGUUAUUGGUUUGGUUCUUGUGUUUGAAUCGCAAAACCACUGAUACUACUGACCAGUCGGCCGGUUCCGCUGCCGUGUCAACUGAGCCACAGAUGGGAACCGUCCGGAGCCAAGUCGGUGCCAAACCUGUCUCAGCGGUCGGCGGCAAACCCGACGCCCCGGCAAACGCGAAAGCAGACGCACCCGAAAAGUCACCGGCGCCCGCAUCGCGACAGGGAUCUAAGUUUGAAGCGACCAAAAACAAGAAGACGAAGAAUAACAAUAAGAAGAAGAAAAAAAAGUUAAGAAAAGAGUCGACGAAGAAGUGGAUGAAGAAUAAGACGAUAGAGUGA